GUAGUGACACGUCUCCUUGCGCGGCCUGCCGAGGGGCGGGCGGCCGGCCGAGCCUGCGAUCUCGCGGGAUCCCGGGGCGGCGGUACCGGGGGCCGCCGGCGGCAGCGGCGGCGGGUACGGGCGGGCGGCCGGCGCGGCCAUGGCGGGGGCAGCAGUUCCAGUACGACGACAGCGGCAACACGUUCUUCUACUUCCUCACCAGCUUCGUUGGGCUCAUCGUCAUCCCCGCCACCUACUACCUGUGGCCGCGGGACCAGCACGCCGAACAAAUUCGAUUAAAGAAUAUAAGGAACGUGUAUGGAAGGUGUUUGUGGUACCGCUUGCGACUGCUCAAGCCACAGCAGAACAUAAUUCCUACAGUGAAGAAAAUAGUCCUCCUUGCUGGCUGGGCAUUAUUUUUGUUCCUUGCAUACAAAGUUUCCAAAACAGACAGAGAGUAUCAAGAAUACAACCCUUAUGAAGUGUUACAUUUGGAUCCUGGAGCAAGUAUAUCGGAAAUAAAGAAACAGUACCGUGCACUAUCCCUAAAAUACCAUCCAGAUAAAGGAGGAGAUGAAGUUAUGUUCAUGAGGAUUGCUAAGGCCUAUGCAGCCUUAACUGAUGAAGAGUCACGAAAAAACUGGGAAGAAUUUGGUAAUCCAGAUGGACCACAAGCUACAAGCUUCGGUAUAGCUUUGCCAGCUUGGAUUGUGGAUCAGAAAAAUUCAAUUCUGGUGUUGUUUGUAUAUGGAUUAGCAUUUAUGGUUAUUCUUCCAGUUGUUGUGGGUUCCUGGUGGUACCGAUCAAUACGAUACAGUGGAGAUCAGAUUCUCAUUCGGACAACUCAAAUAUAUACAUACUUUGUCUAUAAAACCCGGAACAUGGACAUGAAACGGCUUAUCAUGGUUUUAGCAGGGGCAUCUGAAUUUGAUCCUCAGUACAACAAAGAUGCGACGAGCAGACCAGCAGACAACAUCCAGAUACCUCAGCUAAUCAGAGAAAUUGGUGGCAUCAACUUAAAGAAGAAUGAGCCUCCUCUCACCUACCCUUACAGUCUGAAAGCCAGAGUUCUGCUGUUGACCCAUCUUGCCCGGAUGCAAGUUCCUGAGGUCCUUGAAGAAGAUCAGCAGUUUAUCCUUAAGAAGAGUCCUGCACUACUUCAAGAAAUGAUUAAUGUGAUCUGCCAACUAAUAAUAAUGGCUCGAAGCAGGGAAGAAAGGGAGUUCCGUGCUCCAUCUUUGGGAUCUUUGGAAAAUUGUAUGAAGCUUUCCCAGAUGACAGUCCAGGGACUUCAGCAGUUCAAGUCUCCCCUUUUACAGCUGCCUCACAUUGAAGAGGACAAUCUGAGAAGAGUUUCCAAUCAUAAAAAGUAUAAAAUCAAAAGCAUUCAGGAUUUGGUGAGUUUGAAAGGCUCAGAUCGUCGCAAUUUACUGCACUUUCUAGAAGAUAAGAAAUAUGAAGAAGUUAUGGCUGUCCUUGGCAGCUUUCCAUAUGUCACUAUGGAUAUAAAACCCCAGGUUUUGGAUGAUGAAGACAGCAACAACAUCACAGUAGGCUCUCUUGUCACUGUUCUGGUCACACUAACAAGGCAGACCAUGGCCGAAGUGUUUGAAAAGGAGCAGUCUAUAUGUGCAGCAGAAGAGCAACCAGCAGAAGAUGGGCAAGGAGAUGCCAGCAAAUCUAAGAGCAAAGGAUGGCAACAAAAGAAUAAAGGAACCAAGAAAGCUUCAAAAUCAAAGAAAAAGAAGCCAGUGAAAAAGAAACCUGUGCCACCUUCAUUGCCACCACAGAAACAGCAGAAGCAAAAACAAGCUAAUGGGGAAGUCGUUGCAAAGGAAGAGGAGGAGGAGGUCUCUGAUAAAGGAAGUGAAUCUGAAGAAGAAGAAACAAACAGGGACUCUCAAAGUGAAAAAGAUGAUGGAAGUGACAGAGACUCUGACAGAGAACAAGAUGAGAAGCAAAACAAAGAUGAUGAAGCUGAGUGGCAAGAAUUACAGCAAAGUAUACAGAGAAAGGAGCGAGCCCUUCUUGAAACGAAGUCAAAGAUAACACAUCCUGUUUACAGUCUUUUUUUUCCUGAGGAAAAACAAGAAUGGUGGUGGCUGUAUAUUGCAGAUCGGAAGGAGCAGAUGUUAAUAUGUAUGCCAUACCACGUUUGUACACUAAAAGAUAAAGAAGAGGUAGAGCUGAAGUUCCCAGCACCAGGCAAGCCUGGAAACUAUCAGUACACCGUUUAUUUAAGAUCGGAUUCUUAUAUGGGAUUGGACCAGAUUAAACCAUUGAAGCUGGAAGUUCACGAAGCAAAACCAGUGCCAGAAAAUCACCCACAAUGGGAUACAGCAAUAGAAGGUGAUGAGGACCAGGAAGACAGUGAGGGCUUUGAAGACAGUUUUGAGGAGGAAGAGGAAGAAGAGGAAGAUGACGAUUAA